AUGGAUGCCCAUAAUGCAGUCGUCCUCGAAGCCAGCAAGUUCCACCCAACGGCCAUCUCAGAAGAGACCAAAGCGUUCAAUCAGAAACUGAUGGAUAUCAUGGCACACGGGCCCAAAUGGUACGAGGUCGGCGCCAAACGCUAUCGUGAAAUGCGCGCCGCCGGGGAAACACCUCUUCCCAAAGCCGUCUAUCUCGACACAGCGCAGGACUUCACCAUUCCGAGCCGGGACGCUGGCCGCACCAUUCCCUGUCGAAUCCUCCGUCCUCAGAACGGAAAACCCAUCAAAUCGGUAUUCUUCCACAUCCACGGUGGCGGCUGGGUACUCCAAGACGAAAAGUCACAGGACCCAGCAUUACAGGAAAUCGCCGACACUACGGGCCUCUUGUGUAUCUCUGUCGGCUACCGUCUGGCGCCCGAGGAUCCAUAUCCUGCCGGACCCAACGACUGCUUCGAUGCCGCGGAAUGGUUGGUUGACAACGCCGAGUCCGCAUUUGGAGCCCCUCUAGGUUUUGUGGGCGGAGAGUCUGCUGGUGGACAUCUAAGCAUGCUCGUCACUCUCCACCUCCUGCAACACGGCCAGUCAAAGUACUCGGACUUCCGCUUCAAGGGACUCCUACUACACUUCGGGUGUUACUCGAUGGUGUGGACGCCGCAUGUGUACAAUUUUCAACGACCGCAGGUCUUGGUCUUGGAUCGGGACCUGAUGGACCACUACAUCGAUGUCUUUCUCCCCGGCAUGACCCACGAGGAGAAGAGACAUCCGUCAGUGUCUCCGCUGUACGCCGAUUUGGAGCCGCUGAGGGGGAAGUUGCCGCCUGCCCUCUUCACGUGUGGGACGGAGGACUGUCUUCUGGACGACACGAUGUUUAUGAGUAUGAAAUGGUCGAUGGCCGGUGGGGAGUCGGUGGUUAAGAUCGUGCCGGGGGCGCCCCACGGGUACAUCAUGUUUCCCAAGAGCGUCAAGGGGAGUGGCGCCGAGGAGGGGAUGAAGGCUGUUGAAGAUUUCGUGCUGUCGAAGUUGGGUUAG